UGAACGUUUUCAAACAAGGGAGAUAUACAUACACCCAUAUAAAGUAACGUGUUUUCAGAGGAGCUGAACUUGAAAGACUUGACACCAUGGGAGAUGUAGAUGCUUUGAAAGUUGCUAAAAGAAGAGUCUACAAAAAUAUUAUAGUGUUGGGACUUGCAUUCUUAUUAAACUUUUCUUCGUAUAUAACAGCCCAGGCAUUACAAAGUUCAAUCAACCUUGAAGAAGGACUAGGUACAACUGGGCUAGCCGUACUAUAUGGAGUAUUCGUAGUAUCAAAUCUGUUUUUGCCUAAAUUCUGCAUAAGAAAUUUUGGUUGUAAUUACACUAUUGCCAUUAGCUUCAUUGGCUAUGCCGCAUUCGCCGCUGCGAAUCUGUAUGCUACAUGGUGGACUAUCAUUCUUGGAGCAACGUUGUGUGGACUCUCUGCUGGUCCUUUGUGGACAUCUCAAUCGACAUAUGUAACACAAAUUGGACGUGCGUAUAGCUCGGAUAGUGGGGAACUGUGUGAAGAUGUGUAUACGAGUAUCAUAAAUGUUUUGGCAGGUGCAAUUGGUGGCAACAUUGCAAGUUCAGUACUGCUGGCUAAUGUGGAUAACACAACAUAUGUUCCUGUGACUGAGCUUGUGCGCUGUGGAGCGGACUUCUGUCCAGCUGACUAUAAUGCUACUAAUGACCAUCUGACUAGACCACCACAGGAAACCAUUCAAAUACUCAUGGUGAUAUUUAUUGCGUUGAACAUACUUUCCUCCAUUCUUGUCAUAGUGUUCCUGGAUAAGAUAGAUUACGAUAAAAAAGAAGAAUCCUCCAAAGCUCAUCCUUGGGAGAAUAAUGAGAAGACUCCACUAAUGAACUCCGAAAAUAAAAGAAAUGAAACAAGGAACAAUUCUGCAGCAUCCUUUGACUAUGACGUAUCUGGACACUUCAAAGUUCGACCAGGCAACGAUUGCGAUAGCAGCGUUAAAGUAGUGAUUACAGCAAAUGACCAUACUGAAAAAGCAGGUAUUGAUGUCAUCCCUGAAGAGAAGGUUACUUCGUCUGGGAAAUUAACGGGAAGCGUAAAAGCACUGAGUACAAAGGUCGGGAACGAAGAUCAAAUAAAAUUAAGCUGGGCAGAAAGACUGCGGCCAGAACUCCUCAUAGCAACAGUUAAAUUGAUGAUAGAUGUACGACUGAUGCUGAUCAUUCCUCUGUCCUUACUAAGUGGAAUGUUACAUGGUUUUAGCACAGCAGAGUUGACACAGUCGUAUGUAGGAUGUAGAGAGGGUAUUUGGAUGGUUGGCUACAUAGCAAUGGCGGCUGGAGUGGCUGCUACAUUAGUGUCAAUGGCCAUUGGGAAAAUAAAAUCAGUUGCUAGAGGCGUCUCCUUCAUAACUGCUAUUGUUAUGAGUGCAGCAAGCUUGAUUCUUGCUCUGGUGUGGAAAGAUCUCCACGCAGAGCUAUACAUUUUAUUCAUUAUAUCAUGCCUAGUAGGUGCUGGUGACACUGCUUUGGAGAUGGGACUCAGUACUACUCUGGGAAUACAGUUUAUAGACCACAAUGAGGCGGCGUUUGCCAAUUUAAAGUUGUGGCAGAGUGUAGGUUCCGCAGUAACAUUUGCUUACAGUACAUAUGUAUGUAUGUACAUCAAGUUGUACAUUAUGUUAGCUGUACUUGCUGUUGGGACAGUGUGCAUUAUACUGCUUGAGAUUAUAAACUGGAGGAAUCGACGUUCUUAUAAAAUGCUUUGACGCAAUUUCUUUUAUAAGCUAUGCUAAUUUCCAAUUUGAUAUUCGUUUAAUGUAGUGCAGAUCCAUUCGAUUGUUCAUGCAAAACGAUUUAACAGUAUAUAUACAAUUUGCUCAAUGAAUACAUAUUAUGGUUUUUAAAUCACACUAGCCGUGUAGGCUCAUCGUUCGCUACUGUGUGGCUAAUUAUAGCCAAACAGCGGCGUACGGUAUUGCCACACGGUUUGGUGUUUCCCGCCCGUUGAAAACAUCCAGGGAACGUUGCCGGCCAUCCACACCUGGAUGCUUGAGCAUGCACAAAACUUUCGCCUGUUGAGUAACGUCCGAAUGCGAACGUUGACCUGAGCAGUAUGGGGAUGGUAUAAGGACGGUGUGGCCGUUAAGGACCCGUUCACGGGGCGUCGAUGGUGUCGCCAUCCUACUACCGUGUACAUAUAUUAAGCUUUGGAGGUUCAUAAAUAAAAAAAAUUGAAAUAUAAACCAGGUGAUCUACCUUAAAAAUAAUUUGGUAAUACUCUUGGAAACAUGAAAGCAAAUAAAGAAACAUAUUCUGCUUAGGCCUAAUUGAUGUCUUGUAAAUUUACAAGUGAUAACUGCAUAUUUCAUCUGCAUACCACAUAAUUAAACCAGGA